AUGGCCGACCUAAUAUCAGGCAUCUCGAAGCUCAAUCCCUUCGCGAAGAAGGAAGUCGAUGAUGAAGAGAAGGGCGAUUUUGUCGACGCGGGGACCGUGGCGGGCGGCGGUCACGCCGCAAGGCAGUCGCAUAUUACCAAGGACAAACUACGUGUCAGCGGAGCACUCAAGAGCUUCCUAGUCAAGGAAGGUGUUUUGCAGGAGUCGGAGGCUGGAUUGAAAAGUGAAGAGCCGACUACGGCGUUGCGAGAAUUGCUCGACAGGAGCCACAUCAACGUCCCACCAGAGUUCAUCGACAGGAACCAUCCACUUCCCGAAUACUUCAUCAGCUCAUCUCAUAAUACAUAUCUGAUGGCUCAUCAACUCUUUGGCGAAUCGCAUGCUUCUGCGUACGAGAUCGCGUUGCAUACUGGGUCGCGUUGCGUCGAGAUCGACGCCUGGGACAACGACGACAACAAGGAAGAGCCGAAAGUCACGCAUGGGUUCACGCUCGUGUCUAACAUACCCUUCCGCCAAGUAUGUGAGACGAUCCGCGAUGUCGUUGACAAAGAAGCUGCCAGUGAAAAGAACGCUGCACCUAUCAUGAUCUCCCUAGAGAACCAUUGCGACGCGCACGGGCAACUUCGCCUCGCACAGAUCAUGCAAGAAGUCCUCGGCCCCCGACUCCUCAGCAAGGCCAUUCGCGACAAGGGCACGCGCGAACAAGACGACCCCAGCAAACAUGAGCAUGUCACCCUCGCUGAGCUUGGAAACAAAGUGGCGGUCAUUGUAGAGUACCAUCUACCGAACGAAGAGGAGAGUAGCAGCAGUGACUCGAGUUCAGACGAAGAGGAACAGAAGCAAGCUCGCCAAGAGUAUGACGCCAAAAAGAAGGCUACUAACGCUGGUACUAUUAUCCCUGAACUGGCCGAGCUAGGGGUGUAUGCGCAAUCAGUCAAGCCUGUCAACAAUUCUUGGUUCGAAGCGGAGCUGGAGAACGCACCACAUCACCAACUCAUCAAUGUCUCUGAGUCAGGUCUAAAAGCGCAUCUUCCCGCCAAUAGCGCCAAGAUAGCAAGACACAAUGCGCAUCAUUUGAUGCGCGUCUACCCCAAAGGAACUCGCAUUUCUUCGAAGAAUCUUGCGCCGGUACCAUUCUGGGGUAUUGGCGCCCAGAUCUGCGCUCUAAAUUGGCAAACCUUUGGCGCAAGCUCGCAAAUCAACGAAGCGCUCUUUGCCGGCUCUGGUGGCUACGUACUUAAACCAGCUGCGCUACGUGCUGGUGGCUCGGGUAACCUCAGCACCGGACGCCGGAAGAAACUUCGCUUGCACGUUGCUGGCGCUACAGACGUUCCCCUACCCAAUGACCGCGAACAUGAAGACAUCAAGCCUUACCUGACAUGCACACUCGUUCACCCUAACGACAUGAACAAUCUGCCACCAAAGCGCAAGACAGCGCCUUACAAGCCCCACAAAUUGACCGGUUUCAUGCACAAGGACAACUCGCCCGCAAACGAUCCUAUCUGGAAAGACGUCCUGGAGUGGGAGUAUGAGGAUAAUGAACUGACAUUCCUGCGCUUGUUGAUCAAGAGUGACGACAGUUUCUCUCGCAACCCCAUCUUCGCCGUUGCCGCGGUGAGACUGAUGUACGUUACACCUGGGUGGAAUUUCAUUCGGAUGCUGGAUCUUGGUGGACACGAGACCACAUGUACAUUGCUCGUCAGAUUCGAGCAACUAGACCUGUAG